AUUACUAGCAGUGAGGGAUUUAUAAAAAAAAAAUCGCAUUUGUAUAGUUGCGAGGAUUUCAAAGAGGUUUACUUUACAAGUCUAAAUCUACUAAACGAAUACAAUAUGUGGUACGAAAUUUUACCUUCAGCUGGUAUUAUCGCUGCCGUGCUUGCGGUGCCCGUAUACGCUAUGUGGGGUAUUAACAAGUUGACACUAGACAAUUCCUACCGCCGUGACAUGGAUGAACGUUUUUCGAGAGUAUUGUAUCUACGCGACACUAGAUUAACCAAUAAUCCGUACAUUCAGAAUGGCUUGGAAUCCAUUCCAGAUGAAGAAAACUAAGUGUGGUGUAUACAUUUUGCAAUUUAAUCACAUUUGUAGUGUAACGUUAAUGAUGAAUAUUUAAUAAAAUAUGUAAAACUCGCA